GCAAUGGCCAAAUUGGCAAAAAUAUUACCUACGAAAUUAUCGUCUCGUUGUUCCUGAUAUUGUGUGAUAGACUUAUAAAAUACAUAAAAAGAUUUAUUUUGUCGAUUAAAUAAAAAUAAUAUGUCUAUUUUUUGUAGCCUCUAUACCUUUAACUAUUGAUUAUAAAGAGUAUAAACACAUAGCUACUAAGUAUCUAGUGAGAACAUUUUUAUAUGUAGUAUUACUCAGUAUGGUAUUGGGAGGAAUCAAUAAAAUCAACGCCUUACAAGUGUAAAUAAAUGUCUUCUGUCUCAGAAAAUUACGCUAAUCUCCGUGCAAAAAUGAUGUCUGAUCGAAAGGCACAAUUGGAGCAAAAGAAGGCAAAGCUCCAAGCUAUCAGAGAAGAAAAAGAACGACGUAAAAGGGAAAAGGAACAGAAAGAUGUUGAAGAAGCUACAGGCCGAGCGGCCAGUGCCGACAAAGAUCAACGUAAAGAAUUGGAUGCAAUGCUGUCAUCCCUUGGAGUAGCUCCAGUAUCUGAUGUUCUCUCUAGUCUUUCAAGUAUGAAUUCUUUGACAUCAGAUCAUAGCACAAGUGGCACACCUGAUACAAGUAUGCAACCAUCUUCAACUAGUACAUCACACAGUUUAUUAAAAAGGAAACCAAAUCGAGAACUUACAAUAGUCUCAGUGGCCCACACUAACAUUCCUCCCAAAGAGCCAGUAGUUUAUAGCAAGCAAACUCAGACAGCACAAACCACACAGACAUCUCAUGACGGACUGUCCGCCUCCUCUUCCGUCUACUCCUACUGUACGACAACGUCACCAACUCACUCUUGCUCCGCAGGCUACUUUGAGACUGACUGGUGGCGUCCCAGGAAAGGUGGGUCUACACCAAACUACCUAUACGAGUACAAUCUAAAUCCUGGUUUAGAGUGGGAGGACGAAUUCACAGCUGAAGAUGAGGAGAACAGUCUCCCGCAUAUGGAUGGUUUCCAAAGCAAACUCCCACCAGGAAUUCUGCCUCAUGGUCUGCCACAAGUCAAAGAAGUCCAGCCAGCAGUCACUCAAGUUGAACAGCAAACGGAACAAGAAAAACCCAAAGAAGUACGGGAACUUAGCGAGGAAGAAAAGCAGAUGAUCAUACUUUCGGAAGACUUUCAACGGUUUCUUGAUAAAACAAGUCGUUUAGCAGAACGAGCUCUUGCUGAAAGUGUAGAUAUUUAUACUGAUUAUACUGGUACUCUCGAUGGAGAGGAAGGAAUGGAUGAAAAGAACCACCAAAGAUUAUGGUUGAAUAGAUCAUUUUAUUGUGAACGUUGGUCACGCAAUCGUUGUGUAACGUCUAUGGACUGGUCUCCACAAUUUCCAGAAUUACUAGUAGCUUCAUAUAAUUGUAAUGAAGAUGCUCCAAAUGAUCCAGAUGGAAUUUGUUUAGUUUGGAACACUAAAUUUAAGAAAACAACACCUGAAUUUAUAUUUCAAUGUCAAUCAGCUGUUAUGUCUACUACUUUUGCUAGGUUUCAUCCAAAUUUAAUCCUAGGUGGUACUUAUGCUGGUCAAAUUGUAUUAUGGGAUAAUCGAGUUCAAAAACGAACUCCUAUUCAACGAACCCCACUAUCAGCUAGCGCACAUACUCAUCCUGUUUAUUGUCUGAGCGUCGUUGGAACACAAAACGCACAUAAUCUUAUAAGUAUUUCAACAGAUGGUAAAAUGUGCUCAUGGAGUCUUGACAUGUUAUCUCAGCCACAAGAAACCUUAGAUCUUCAAGCGAAACAGUCCAAGCCUAUUGCCGUUACUUGUUUAGCGUUUCCGCAUGGGGAUGUUAAUAAUUUCGUUAUUGGUAGUGAAGAUGGUACUGUCUAUUCUGCAUGUCGUCAUGGAAUAAGAGCUGGUGUAACAGAAACAUACGAAGGACAUCAAGGACCGGUGACAGCUGUAAGUGCUCAUGCUGUACAAGGUGGUAUCGAUUUCUCUCAUCUUUUCCUCACUUCAUCCAUUGACUGGACUAUUAAGCUUUGGAGUCUAAAAGGAAAUAAACCUUUAUAUUCAUUUGAACACAAUGGCGACUAUGUUUAUGAUGUUGCUUGGUCUCCAACACAUCCUGCUCUAUUUGCAGCAGUUGAUGAUUCCGGCAGGCUUGAUUUGUGGAAUCUCAAUCAGGACACUGAAGUGCCAACAGCUAGUGUUAUUGUUGAUGGCUGUCCAGCUUUGAAUCGCGUUUCUUGGACACCCAGUGGAUUGCAUGUUACUGUUGGUGAUGAUUCUGGAAAAAUUUGGGUCUAUGAUGUGGCAGAAAAUGUUGCUCAUCCUCGUGGAGAUGAAUGGAAUAAAUUCUUGUAUACUCAACAAGACUUGAAGAAUAAUCAAGCAGAUGAGGAAUUAGAUAAACCUAGCUUAAAUUCAACUGGUCCGUCUAGUUUCAGUUCCAUGUUAUCAAUGAUAUCAACUCCAAUAAGAUAAAAAAUACUCUAGAUAUAUUUAAUUCUUGCAAUUUUAUUCAUAUAGAUAAUAAUAUAAGAUUUAAUUAAAAAUAAUUUUGAAAUAUUCUAAUAUGUCAUUAGAUACUGAGCUCUAUAUUUUUUAUUACUUUUUUUUUUGGGUUCAUUUCCUAGUAUAUUUCUAAGCUUUUCUCUGUUUCAUACUUAUAAAUACU